GGGCUAAAGACAGUCAGAAUUCAGGAGACAUCACAUCUGAAUUGACACACAUUAAGCCUGUCUAGACGACAUUUGAGGCCAUGAAGUCAGUGUAGGUGAAUAGCCAGGAAUGUUUUAGUUUUUGCCAACCGUGGGUUUUAGAUACAAAGAAAGUGGAAGUUAAAAAGUUGUGUAGUGAGAAUUCCAGUCUUUGUUAUUCUGAAUGCGUUUCAGACACUGAGGGAACACGUCACUCCCUUCAGCGCUAUGGUAAUUAGAGCCCGAUUUUAACCUUUCAGAAGUCAAUCUUCUUGCAUUUUCCACGAAGUCGACUGAGUUACUCUGUGAAAUUGUAGCAGUGACAUUCUGGUAUCUCUGACCUAAUCCAAAUUUUUAUCAUGGGGUUGUCUGCAGUUUCACAAUAUAUGCUGAUGUUCAUAUCAGUCCUUGCGCUGAGCAGGGAGACAAAAGCACAGACAGCGCCGGUUGUAUUCUAUCCGUUCGGCUCAGUGGCAGGAGACACUGUUAAUAUUGCUGUUGAAGAUGAAAACUCCACUCUUAUCGACCUGUGGAGACCUUUUGUGUUCUUUGGCCGCACAUACAACAACACAUAUGUUAAUAAUAACGGGCACCUUACAUUCAAUCAGCCUUCGAAUGAGUCUUUCGUGAAUUACUUUCCCAUUGGAACUAAAGACGUCAUUGCUCCGCUCUGGGCAGAUGUGGACGUCAGUAUGAAUGGCAUAAUCUCAUAUCAGCAGUACUCUAAUGGAAGUGUGCUAACUCAAGCAACUCAGGAGAUAAACCAGUAUUUCCCGUAUCUGAGCUUCACGGCUACUUGGGUCCUUGUUGCUACUUGGGAUAGAGUUGAAGACUUUUUUGCCUCUGGCACAGAACUAUCGUUUCAAGUGGUGUUAAUUUCGGGCGGUGAUUUGUCUUUCAUUCUCAUGAAUUAUGGUGACUGCGCUGUGACACAAUUUACGGUGCAGGCUGGUUAUGACACAAUAAACUCCACUGACUACUUUGUGAUUCCUGGAUCAAUCGAUCGUAAUAUUAUUCCAAACCUUAAGAACACCAGUAAUGUAAAUGUGCCAGGUCGAUGGGCCUUCAGGGUGGACAGGAGAACAGAUCAAAAUAAUGUACAAGAAAAUAUCAUAGGAGUUCAAAUGAGAGUUACUUCAUUUUCAGACCUGACAGAGAAUGGAAACAUUGAGACUGUUUUAGAGAAACUAAAACAGGAGCUGGUCAGGUCCGGUCUGCCGAGCAGCGUGACGCUGAACUUCAGAAGAAUCCAAAAGACACGACCGUAAUAUCAUAAAAUGUAACUCAAACAAGGAAAGAAGUUCAGCUGCUUCAUUAUUAUCUUAAUUACAACUAAAAUACUUAGUACGAAAUUGUUUCCAAAUAGCACAAGUUAACUAAUCAUAAACACACUGAUAACUAGUCUGGCUGCAAAUAUUUCUUUUUCACAUGGGUGCCAUUAUAUAAAUAUCCCUACAGGGAAGUAAAUCUGUAAAUCUAGUCAUUGAGGAUGGAAAUGCUGUCAUUCCAGUUAUAAAUGUGUUGCAUAAAUGUCAGCGUUGACAUGGUUGUGUGAAUUUUGACUUGAGUAAAAUCACAUUAAGAUAUCUGAAAGUAUUCACAGAGGAAUGUCACUCUUCAAGGUGAAUGUUUGUUUGUCCUUUCACAUGUAAUGAUGUUUGACGGGUUUGAUCUACAUAUGCAGUGUCAAUAGUGAAAGUAAACCUUUUAGUCCUCUUGGGCUUCAUUUGCUGGAAAAUCUACUUUUUACUGACCCAUAUCGUGAUUGUCUAUUGGGGAGACCGAAGCUGACACGUUUCACGCCAGUGAAUUUGAAUAUACUAUAUUUCUACAUCUAUUGCUCAGUCAACUACUGUAAAUAACAUUCAGAUUUUUUGACAACAUGCCUCAAUAGUCAAAAUGCAAAAAAAGAUUAUGUUGGGUAAAGGGAUUUUUUUUUUUUUUUUUUUGCUUCACCCACUGUUGUACGUUUGAUGUCAAUCUAAAGAUGCACAAACUUAAUUUGGUAUAGCAUAAAAUGUUAUGCAUUUUUGUAGAUAACGAAGCAAUAAGCCUGUUUGCUAGUUUAUUGAGAUAUGAUUUAUUGAAUUAUUUGGCUAUUUAGCUUUAGCUUUGAAUUUGUUUCUCUCAAAAAAGGUUGAUGUUAUAUUGUGACAUGUGUGAUGAUGACUAAAGUGAAAAUCUCUUUAAUGUGAAUUAAAGCACAUGUUUCAUGGCUCACACAAGGGGGAGACAGAGAGUUAGUGAGAUUCCAGCGUGCUUCAUGAAAUGCUGAACGCAUUGCUAACAAACUGAUUUUAUUAAAUUAAUAAAGCAGUCUUGAGUCUUCAUAAAAACUGAA